AUGUAUGAAAAUUUAAAUUACCUGGUGGCGGUGUACGGGGCCAGUGCCUGCGCUAUCUCGUGCUUCCUGCGGCCGGUGGCGGAGUCCCGGCCGGAGUCCCGGCGGGACCUCACCUAUAGUUACCUGGUGGCGGUGUACGGGGCCAGUGCCUGCGCUAUCUCGUGCUUCCUGCGCCCGGUGGCGGAGUCCCGGCCGAAGUCCCGGCGGGACCUCACCUAUAGUUACCUGGUGGCGGUGUACGGGGCCAGUGCCUGCGCUAUCUCGUGUUUCCUGCGCCCGGUGGCGGAGUCCCGGCGGGACCUCACCUAUAGUUACCUGGUGGCGGUGUACGGGGCCAGUGCCUGCGCUAUCUCGUGUUUCCUGCGCCCGGUGGCGGAGUCCCGGCGGGACCUCACCUAUAGUUACCUGGUGGCGGUGUACGGGGCCAGUGCCUGCGCUAUCUCGUGCUUCCUGCGCCCGGUGGCGGAGUCCCGGCCGAAGUCCCGGCGGGACCUCAUCUAUAGUUACCUGGUGGCGGAGUACGGGGCCAGUGCCUGCGCUAUCUCAUGCUUCCUGCGCCCGGUGGCGGAGUCCCGGCCGAAGUCCCGGCGGGACCUCACCUAUAGUUACCUGGUGGCGGUGUACGGGGCCAGUGCCUGCGCUAUCUCGUGCUUCCUGCGCCCGGUGGCGGAGUCCCGGCCGAAGUCCCGGCGGGACCUCACCUAUAGUUACCUGGUGGCGGUGUACGGGGCCAGUGCCUGCGCUAUCUCGUGCUUCCUGCGCCCGGUGGCGGAGUCCCGGCCGAAGUCCCGGCGGGACCUCACCUAUAGUUACCUGGUGGCGGUGUACGGGGCCAGUGCCUGCGCUAUCUCGUGCUUCCUGCGCCCGGUGGCGGAGUCCCGGCCGAAGUCCCGGCGGGACCUCACCUAUAGUUACCUGGUGGCGGUGUACGGGGCCAGUGCCUGCGCUAUCUCGUGCUUCCUGCGCCCGGUGGCGGAGUCCCGGCCGAAGUCCCGGCGGGACCUCACCUAUAGUUACCUGGUGGCGGUGUACGGGGCCAGUGCCUGCGCUAUCUCGUGCUUCCUGCGCCCGGUGGCGGAGUCCCGGCCGAAGUCCCGGCGGGACCUCACCUAUAGUUACCUGGUGGCGGUGUACGGGGCCAGUGCCUGCGCUAUCUCGUGCUUCCUGCGCCCGGUGGCGGAGUCCCGGCCGAAGUCCCGGCGGGACCUCACCUAUAGUUACCUGGUGGCGGUGUACGGGGCCAGUGCCUGCGCUAUCUCGUGCUUCCUGCGCCCGGUGGCGGAGUCCCGGCCGAAGUCCCGGCGGGACCUCACCUAUAGUUACCUGGUGGCGGUGUACGGGGCCAGUGCCUGCGCUAUCUCGUGCUUCCUGCGCCCGGUGGCGGAGUCCCGGCCGAAGUCCCGGCGGGACCUCACCUAUAGUUACCUGGUGGCGGUGUACGGGGCCAGUGCCUGCGCUAUCUCGUGCUUCCUGCGCCCGGUGGCGGAGUCCCGGCCGGAGUCCCGGCGGGCGCUGGACGCGGGCCGGGAGGCGCCCUCGGUGAUGCACGCCACUUCGGACGAUACAGGUGUCGAUGAUUUCUGUUCCUAAUUAUUAAAACAUUAAUUAAAACUCAAAUAUAACAACUAAUGUUAAUCGGUCAGUUGCACGAACACAAAACUUUUAAGCUCUAAUGAAUGUCAAAUUUGUAUGGGUAAUGUCACUUUAAACUAAUGAAAAUCUUAAUGAACGUUUAUGCAACUCGCUGAAUAUCGUAAAUGUUACCCUAUGUAUGUAUUGUGAUAUCAAUGUAUGAAUAAUAGGAAGGAAAACGUAUUUUUGUUUGUUCGUCUGUCAGGAAGGAUAUUGAAGGAUAUUAAACAUAUUCUUUGUGAGUAAUUAAUUAAUGAGGUAGUAUUUUAAAAAAAAAAGUAGUUCCCGAAAUCAAACUAGAUGGGGCUCCGGUACGUUCUUGAUUUCUCCAUGACAACCCUUCCGGUUUUCUUUCAUGUAUAAAAGUAAAUUAGUUUUCAAAACUCAAUAAACAACUCAUAUUCUAUUUGUACUGUUUCGUAUUUGUAUUGAUAUCUAAGUUUCGAACUUUGCAAAUUUCAGUUUUUUAAUAUGUUAGUUAAAAGGAACGGAAAUGACUGUCUUUGGUCCAUUCGUUUCCUGCAAAAAUCAACUUUUGCUAGAGUCGCCAUCUAGAGGAGGUGCUUUUUUAAUGCUUUUCUUUUUUUUUAAAAGCAUUAUAAAUAACUUUACUUCUUAAAAUUACUUCUUCUUACUUCUUAAAACAUGGGACAUUUUAUGUCCCAUGACGUCACUCUUCUGUACACAUUUUCUAUAAAAACUGCGACGUAUCGAGCCCCUGUCAACUUCAAUGCCUGUUAUCUAAGCUAUUUCUUGUUAAAUUGAAGUUAAAAAAAUACGUAUCUUUUUAAUAUUUUUCUAUUAUCUUACUGACGAACUAAAUAGAAUUUCUUUUUUUUUACUCAGCAGUUAUCCCUAUUUGCGUUACCAAUAUAUGUGUAUAGUAUUGGGCAGGGGUGGCCAACCUGUUUAGGCCCAAUAUCGACUUUUCACUGACGACCCCAGUACGACUUACCAAUAACUUCUUAAAAUCUUAAAUGAAACAGCAUAGUUCGUACACAAUUGUGUAGCAUUUAGAUUUAAUUUAUAUUUUUUGAAUUACCACGAUCGACUGGACUAAUAGUCGCGAUCUACUGGUCGAUCGCGAUCGACUGGUUGGCCACCCAUGGUAUAGGGCGUGUUACUUAUUUGUUAGCAAUACCCUGAUAAUCACUGCAUAGUAUAAAACAAAGUCCCUGCCUCUGUCCCUAUAUGCGUAAAUGUAUGCUUAAAUCUUUAAAACUACGCAACGGAUUUUGAUGCGGUUUGUUUUCAUAGAUAGGGUGAUUCGAAAGGAAGGUUUUUAUGUAUAAUACAAGAGUACGCGGGCGAAGCCGUUGGCGGUAAGCUAGUUUGAUGUAUUUUCAAGAUCUGACUGUUGUACUAAUUGUCUUGCCCUACAGGGUCAUAUGUCCACAUGUUGAGACUUGUACCAUCUGUUCAAUGUUACAUGUGGUGACAAUAAACGAUCGAGUAUUGAGAAAAAGAACACUUGUAUUAGACUCACAACCUUUGCACUUUUGUUUUUUUGUUUCGUUCUCUCUAUCUCUCUUUCUCUCUGUGUGUGGUAUGUUUGCGUGUGUGUGA